CAGUCAACAUUGACCGGCAGCAGCAGUAGCUAAUUUCCUGCGGCUCCGAGUCGUGGGGCAUGUGUAUACAUUUUGUGCAUAUUUAAACUGUCUCGUCUCCACUUUUCACUUGUUUCCUAACUGGAGCUUUCCUGUGUGAUAUGGCCGUGUGUUUCCGAGCGCUCAAGGGAUCUUUGAACAGUGCGUUGGGGACUGUGAAGACUGGCAACAUCAGGUCCCACACCGGUCUUCUGACCCUGAGCGCAGCAACGCCAUGCAAUUGCUAUGUAACCCUAACCUCUAGCCGAGGCACGAAGGUACUUGCAAGGCAUGCUGCUGUGUUGCCUCAAGUCCUGGGUGGCACUUCCCUCCAGACCACAUGCCACAGUUCGAGUAUAUGUCUCCCUGCUGUACACUCACUGCCUGAGGUCGUCAUAAAUGACGCCAUUGCUCCAGAACUUAUCAAACGGGAGGAACAAGCCCCUUUCACAUUUUUUGAACUCCGUAGUGGCGAUGAUGAGACGAAGUCCUCAGGUGUCGUUUACAGAGUGCCUACUACAGUCUUGUCUGGCUAUUUGGAUGCUUACCCAUACAAGGUAUACUGCUUUGAUGUGGACCGUCGGGUAGCAGCAGAGAUGGCAUUAUCGGACUACGAGCGAGAGGUGUUGCAAUUUGCGGGCACAUCAGUUGCUCUGAAAGGGGCAGGCAGUAAUCAGCAGCUACCUGAUCCUGGUCGUGCCACAGAGGAACAGUUAAAGCGGAUAUCUCAAGCCCUGGCAAAUCACUUGCCUCAAUUUUUCACUCAGCCACACAUGUACAACCUGUACAACAAAAACAUUGUCUUCAGGAACAACAUUCGUGGCAUAACUACAAGGGGCAUUACGGGCUAUGUGCAACAAAUGGCAUUAGUUCGCAUCUUGGGUCACCUACGCUAUGCACAUGUGCGACUGGAAGUUCUCAAAAUGACAACUCACAAGGAGGACAGCACAGUGCGUAUACGGUGGCGCAUUGUGGGCGUGUCCGGCUUGCGUGCCCUGUUCAUGUUCUGGAAGUUUCGAAUCUGGGAGUGGCAGAAGAUGAUCUCUCAGGAGGCAGAGUGGACAGAUGGUUUUUCGGUGCUGAAGGUCGGAUCUGAUGGCCUUAUAUAUGAGCAUAUUUGUGACAAGAUGAUGCCUGACGAAGAGCUAGAAGAGGCAAAGCCAUCCAAUGUGGCGGUAAAGCUUGCUUUGUUGCUGGGCCUGACACCUCAGUCAUUUAGUUUUGGAUCACCAAUGAUGUCCUCGAGCGAGAACAGCCUGCUCUAGUGCUGAAACCGAAGUCCUUGCUUCUCCUCACCUAUGCAUUUUGUGUGUGCAGUGUACAUAGCUUUAGGAACACAAGUCAAGAUGUUUGUUGGUCUUGUAAUUUUUUUGUUUUUCCUUCCUACCAUGUUAUAGCAAGGUGUGACUUUGUAGUUUUUGCAAAAAGGGUCGGUAGUAAAGUUCUAAUGUCAGAAAAAUCCCUGUGAGUAGCAGUGCCUAGAAAAGGAUGGCACUGCUCCUGCAGAAUGCAGCAGAGCUUUUGACUUAGUGGCUUGGAACUGUAUUUUGCUAAGUGAUGAAGCAAGUAUUUGGAGGCCUGUCUGAGGUCAUUUUGAAACUGUUUUGACAGUAUAAAUUGUACAUGCAUGAAAGGGUUAUUUAUCAUAGCUGUGUACCUGUGUGCGUCUUUUGUGCUGUGUAGCUUUAAGUAUUGUGUUUUUCUCCCCAAAAUUCUGUUCCCUGCGUGUGAUCUUUAUGCAAGCAGCAAUUGAUUUGAUGGAAGGACAAUUUGUGUUGUCCUCUAAAUUGAGGGAAGGAAUACUGGUUGGGCAUGAUUUUUUACGUUGCUUCUAGAUUGUGGAACUAAGAAUCUGCAGUGGUAUGUUCACUAGUGUUUUUGUGCUGUUUUUUUAUUGUUGCUGGGUAUUGUUUUUAUUUUAAUUAAAUUAAAAGAUGGCACAAUUUGAUCAGUAUGCUCAUUUGUCUAGAAUAAAAAAAGUUUUGCUUUGUAGGUGAAAUUGAUGUACAUAGUGUUCUUUUUUAUUCCCAAAGAGGCAGCAUUAAUGAAUUAUUGUACACCGUUUGCUGCUAAGUUUUUGUUGUUAGCAUCAGGGCUGAACGAUUGUGUUUUCUGCGCUGUCUAAGCUGUAUGCAGAGUGAUCUUCGACUCUUUGGGGAUUUUAAGGUACUUCAUACAUAUUGCCUCAGAAGCCGCUACUUACAAGAUGUGGACAUGUAAUUUCAAGCUAAGCAUGUUAUGUGGAACUUGUGUAACAAGAUAGACUGUGGGGUAUCGUCGUUGUGAUCCAAAUAUUUCUGAUCGUUCAAGAAAUGUGCAACAGUGCAUAUUAAAUGAAAACAGCUCAAGUGUAGAGUCUUUGCAUUGUCCCUAGGUGGCACGAGGCAGCUGGCUUCACGUAACAGCAUGUCAAAAUAAGCCUUCAUUAGCAUUGUGUAGUGCUUAAAGAUGUGUAAGAUGCAUUCAUUAAGGUUUGUGGAUCAUUACAGCUGUAGAAAGCGGAGUUAUAUUUUGUCAGGCCAGCCUAGGUGGAAUUGGGUAGCCAUGUUUCAUCAGCUCACUCUUAUUGCUAUCCACAUGAAACCACUUUGUUUUACACCCUAGGUUGGCACUUGUAUUACUCCACAUCAUUGCGAGGCAUUGCAGAAUGUGUUAGCAGCAGUGAGUUUAGGCAUGCUGAGUGUUUUAAGAACAGCGUAUGAGCACUGCGGCGCCCAAGUGUUGUGUAAGAAAUGCAGCAUUUUAUGUAAGGUUUUCGAUGGUUUUUGAUGUGCUAAGGUUUUUGAGGUGCUAUGUUUCUGGGCAUUGCCUGUUGUGUACAUCUUACAUGCUUGGGUUUAUGUUGUUGACUUGGAGCUCGGGACCUUUGUUAGGAAUCUUUAAAAUGUUGUGCAAAGUUACUGCCGUGAUACUAUUGAGCAGUUUAAUAUAGAAGGUGUAUAAAUACAAGAAAUGUCGAAUUGCAAGUUUGGUGUGGUUAUUACGAUGUGUGCAGGAUUAAAAUGAGAGGUUUUUUAAAACAGGACUUGGUAUUGCAUUUGAAACUGCUUCAAAAUGAUUUACCAUACCUCCUCUUCCCUCAUUUACAUUGAAAAAGUAUGGUAAGCUUAACCACCAGGCAUUUAAGUUUCCAGAAAUGCCAGUCUCCCAAGAAGUGGCGGUCACUUCCACUCUAAAAACAGUUGCACGUUUUGCGCAGUUCUACUGUCCCACAACAUUAAUGAUCAUCCGAUCUGGCUUCCUUGUGUUUCCAUUCUUGAAAACGCUUCACCCACCACUUUCCUAUCAAAGAUACUAUGCCACGCUGAUGAUACACAUGCUCUUCGUGACCUAAAAGUAGUGGAUGUGUAGAAUUGAAGCAAGGAAAUGCACGUAAGAUGCCGAUUAUCAAUGAUGUAAGACAUGAAGAUUUUUCAAGGGACGUAAUUGCGAAUACACAUAAAUCAGAGUGACGAGCUACUGCUAGCAUCCUAAGAGGAGUGCCAGCACGAAAUGCAGGCCACAAUAGCCUAGUCGACUAUAGUGGGCAACAUAUGCACACUUUUGCCAGAUCAAACAACCUGGUGUUUCACUCAUCCCGUCCUUCUGGAUAUUUUUAGAUUUCAUAGAACACCCCGUGUUGGAUGCACUGGAUUUGGUGUACGCGUGAUUGCAUGCACAUGCUGGUAUAUGUAAUGGCACAGGUGGGAAUCAUAGUCGCAAGUAGUAUGCUGUGCUAUGCCAAUACACUCAUCUUAGGCCUGUUGCUUGCAGUUGCAUUACGCUUUUUUUGUCAUAUUUAGAAAGCCUGUUGUAAGUCUGUCCACUUGUGCUUGUAUUACAUUUGCGGCAAUUUCUGCUGACCGAAGAUGGUCAUAAUUUGGUCAUAACUGCACCAUGCAUCUAUAUUGUUUCACAUUGUGUACGGAAAGAGGAUAUUGUGUGCUACUUUGCCUUUUUAUUCCUGAAGUGCUCAUUGGUGUCUACUUGUAAUGCAAGUAUUAAAUUUCGAGAGUAUAGUUAAUGCCGCAGUGCUGGGCCUCCAGAGUCUAAAAAAUGUCUGUAAUGUCUUCAAAAACUUUAAGACUAAAUUGGUGCAGUUCUGCUUCCAAUUAAAAAAAAAUAAUAAAACAUGUUAAUGGUGGUUGAUACAUGAUGCUUAAAACUGGUAGCACACCUUAACAGUUGUGUAAGCAAAAAAAAGAUAUACAGGCAGUAGUUAUUGCUUGUAGAUUUGUAGCAGUUUGGACAUUUCAGUGUGUGGAAACAGCUUAGGCUCUCUCUUUCAUGCAGAACCUGCAUUUUAUCUGUCUGCACUAAACUUGCUUGUGAUUAAGUGGGACAGUGCUCUGUAGUGAGUUGCGUACAGCUGAUUGCAUGUUGUGUUGUUCGUUUGUACAAUUUCGUUAACCCAUUAAAGGGACUUAAGUUGUACAUACAUGCGGCACAUCCGGCCAAUUUAGCUACUGUCUAGACAUAGGCAUAGCAGAACUUUAUUGGGCUGGAAUGAUCUACGUGAAGGUGCUCAGUGGAAGUUUUGCGUUUGUGUGAUAGUUUGUGAGGAAGGCUGUUGUAAUGCUCUCUGAAGUGGAAAAUUCUUUCGACACUAGAGGCAGAGAAUUCAUAUAUUUACUCUUUACAAGCAAACUAGAGGCCGCAUGAGUUUAUAUAGUCUUGUCAUGACUGUUCAGUGGCCUGGGGACGCAUUUUUUUUGCAGGCAUGCUGCAAUAAAUGAGCGCUAGUCUAAACCCCAGUCUGUCUAUAGCUCACAUCGCAAUGCACAGUCUAGUUUGAUAAGCAGUGGUCCUAUAGGGGCACAUGGUGGUAUGCUUAACAUAAACAUGUUCCUUUACUGUAGGUUCAUAUGUACAUGCUCUCCUUUAAAACAUAAAGCACUGUUUCCUGUUUUAGCUAGUAAAAUAUGUUACCUUGAUGGUUGUCUGUGUUGUGCUAUACUGUCUCAACAAUACUGUGUUUGCCGAUUUCAGGAACUUGUUGGCUACAGCACACUCAUUUUUCGCCAUAAGCAUUUCAAGAGCGUCUGAUGUUAUUCGCAUUAUUGUAUUGGAGCAUGAUUAAAGCUGCAGUAAAUUCUUCAGUGGUAGUUUUGGAAAGUUCUGUUGUACGAAUAAAAACUUAAUUUUCAGUGCA